UAUAUAUAUAUAAAAGCAUAUAUGCAGGGAAGCAAACGUCCGCGUUAUGAGUUGCUGGCUUGGCUUGCUUCCUCCUGCCUGCUGAAAACACCAUUCCCCACCGCCCCACGACUCUUACAUUUCGCAACAGAAUUUCACUUCCUCCCCCCCCUCUCUCUCGGAAUCUUGAGGACUCUUUUGAACAACAAAAAAAAAACAUUACAGAGUACCUUCCAAAGCAAAGAAAAAACAGAGUAACUGCAAAUUGCUUCAAACGCACAUCAUAACGCCCUCCUCUCCUCCAUAAUUCCUUCUCUCCGUUUCACUCUUCUUGAGCUACUACGAGAAGCGUGUUGCUGGCUGGUCAUUGUGAUGUGGAUGGGGUUAGUUUUAGAGGCUGAAGGGUAAGCGUUUGAAGGCGUUUCAAAAUUUAAGUUUUGAGAAGUAAAUUAGGAUGGCUCCAUCUAGCAGCAAGGCAAAUAAAAAGGGAGCUGCCGAUGCGGCUGCCUGGAUGUUCAAUGUUGUCACUUCUGUUGGGAUUAUCAUUGUCAAUAAAGCCUUAAUGGCUACUUAUGGUUUUAGUUAUGCUACAACGUUAACUGGUAUGCAUUUUGCUACCACAACUUUGAUGACUGGUGUUUUAAGGUGGUUGGGUUACAUCCAAGCCUCUCAUCUACCCUACCCUGAGCUUUUGAAAUUUGUUUUCUUUGCAAACUUCUCAAUUGUUGGAAUGAACGUUAGUCUAAUGUGGAAUUCAGUGGGAUUUUAUCAGAUUGCAAAGCUGACUAUGAUUCCUGUAUCCUGCCUUUUGGAAGUGUUGUUUGACAAGAUUCGGUACUCACGAGACACAAAGCUGAGUAUAGGAGUUGUUUUGUUGGGCGUUGGUGUUUGCACUGUCACUGAUGUGAGUGUUAAUGCCAAAGGUUUCAUUGCUGCCUUUAUUGCAGUCUGGAGCACUUCGCUGCAACAGUAUUAUGUACAUUACCUCCAAAGGAAGUAUUCACUGAGUUCUUUCAACCUACUGGGUCACACUGCUCCAGCCCAGGCUGCAACACUGCUAUUAUUAGGCCCCUUUUUGGACUACUGGUUGACAAACAAAAGAAUUGAUACCUAUGACUAUAGUGCGGUCUCUGUGAUGUUUAUUGUUAUAUCAUGCACCAUUGCGGUAGGGACCAACUUAAGCCAGUUCAUCUGCAUAGGCAGAUUCACAGCUGUGUCCUUUCAAGUACUUGGUCAUAUGAAGACGAUCCUUGUGCUGAUAAUGGGAUUCUUUUUCUUUGGAAAAGAUGGUCUUAAUCUACAUGUGGUUCUGGGCAUGAUCAUAGCCGUAGUUGGGAUGAUUUGGUAUGGCAACGCCUCAUCUAAGCCUGGAGGUAAGGAGCGCUGGAGCCUCUCGCUACCUACAAACAGACCACAAAAACAAAGUAAUUUGUCAGAAUCCGAUGAACAUGAUGGGAAAGUCUAAGCGUUUAUGUAGGAUAAAUUAAGCAUACAAGGGUAGCUAAUUCCAGGAACUUUUAAUCAUUUGAGAUUAGAAAACCUUGCCAUUCAAUUCUAAUUCUUUCUUCUUGAUUCUGUAAUUCUUAUUUUGCUUUUAUUUGUAUUGGAUCCUAUCAGGGAAAAUGAUGUUUUUGAUAAGAUUAGGUUCCCUGCAAAAUCGUCUUCUGUCACACGAAUAUGAUUCAUGGUAAUUUAUUAGAGUCAAAGGGGAAAGAAAUUGCUAGUGAUUA